AUGGAAGCGGCUCUUGGACUUUCGGUUCUCCGUCUCCACUCCUCGGAAACCUACAACGUCAGUCUGGAGGGCAUGCAGGUCCUCGAUCUCUCCCCCUCCAGCGGCAGCCACCGACACAUUUUCGCCGCCGGCAGUUGUCUUGAUCCCGAACUGGGCCAGAGUCUGCCGCUGACCCACCUGCCACCCCAGGCGCAUGUC